AUGCAGAAUCAGACCCGUAUUAUUGCUACGGAAGCCACUCGUGAGGCUCUUAAUUCAUCAGAAUUCAUUGCCUUUAUUAAGAAAGAGACCGGCUUCACUGUCGAAUUGCUUCCAAAAGAGGAAGAAGGGAAAAUUGGCGCAUUCGGAAUCGCUAGCAGCUUUACGUACGUUGGAGGCCUAGUGAUGGAUCUCGGCGGAGGGAGCACACAGAUCACCUGGAUGAUAUCUCGUGAGGGACAGGUCCAAAUGAGUCCAAGAGGAGCUUUUAGCUUUCCGUACGGAGCUGCUGCCCUUACUCGACUAUUGGAAAAUGCAAAGGCCGGAAAAUCAAAGGAAGAGGCUGACAAAGCUAUUGCGGAGCUCAGGGAUGAGAUGAAGAGAAACCUACUCGACGCGUAUCGCAAACUCGACAUACCGCAAGAUUUGAUGGAUGUUGCCAGACUCUACGGCGGAUUUCAGCUCUACCUCUGUGGCGGGGGCUUUCGCGGUUGGGGGUAUCUGCUACUCUACCAAAGUCAGGUCCAUGGACAACAUUAUCCUAUAUCCAUUAUCAACGGCUUUGCGGCGGAUAAAGCUCACUUUGAAGAUGUCGAAAGCUUGGAAGAAGUUGCCCGUACCGCCCGUCGAAUCUUUCGCAUCUCGGACCGGAGACGGACACAGGUUCCAGCAGUUGCGUUCUUGGUUAACGUUCUGGCGGAGGCGAUCCCGUUCGGUAUCAAGAAGGCACGAUUUUGUCAAGGUGGAGUACGUGAAGGGGUGCUGUUCCAAGAGCUACCGUACUCUGUCCGGAGGCAACAUCCACUUGAAGUCGCUACUGCCCGGUUUGCGAAACCAUCAUCUCUGGCUAUUGGAGAUCUACUUCUAUCGGCCAUUCCACCUUCAGGAGGUAAUGAGCCAAGAUCAUUUCCAUUGUCUAUUUCUACAGAAGUUAUCCGCUCUCUGGCCAACGUAUUAUUUGAACACUCUGACUUGUCGAAGGAAUCUUCCUCAAGUGCAGCCUUAUACAGCACUAGCACAGGUAUCUUGGCUUCAGCACAUGGGGUGUCUCACACUGACCGCGCACUUCUGGCGUUACUUUUUGAAGAGCGUUUCGAAGGCGAGUUGCCUCCGCGCGAAUCUCAUUAUAAAGCAUCCCUUCGUGGGCUCCUCACUCCUGAGCAGGUCUGGUGGACUCGCUACAUAGGAAAGGUGGCAAUGGUUAUAGCCAGAGUUUAUCCAGCUGGGCUUGUUGACGAAAGCAAUCCGCGAGUAGAAAUUUCUGCCCAGUGGGCGGCAGAUUUAGGGAAGAAUGGUGGUAAGGACGGCGUGGAACUGAAAUUCUCUGUUGCAAGGAUUCCGGGAGAUCCUUACUUAUUAAAAGACACCAUGGGACACCUCUCACGGGAGAUUGAAAAAAUAGGCAAGAAAAAGAACUGGAUUGGAGGUAAGGAGGGAUGGGGAAUGAAAGUGAAAGUUGUUAUUGAGGAAAAGGAUCUAGUGCACCAUCAGCCAAUGCUUGUCGAGGAAAGGGAAGAACAGGAAGAGGGAGAAGAAAGAGAGUGGGAAUUUGAGGGUAAUAAGGUUUGA